GUGUCUGGUUGCGCAAAGUUGCAGACCUGCAACGGUUGGCUGAGCGCAGUUCAGUGACAACCGUGACAACUUUGACAAAUUCCUCGUCGUCGAAGCGAAUCAUCAUCCAUCUUGUUUGUUAUUGCAAACAAUAAACGAACACCUGACAACACGACGUACGUACAAUCAGCGCGAAUCAGUCACUGCCCAGCAAUCAUACUCGGAACGUGCACCACAUCGCGCGCGCGCCCUGCAUGGUGGACGGCAGGUAAACACCGUGGAUCACACAGAAUGCGCUGAAGACACUCACCAGACACCAGACACUCGGCAGCCACACGGACAAAUUGAUGCUUACGCCCGAAUUAUGGUUACACUCGACACCAUUCCAUUAUUAUGGCUGAGGAUAGCGGUCGGCCACCACAGAAGUCCUACGACUACCUGCUGAAGUUCCUCUUGGUUGGUGAUAGUGAUGUGGGCAAGCAGGAGAUCAUCUCCAACCUGGAGGAUGGCGCCGCCGAGUCCCCAUUUUGCAGCGGCAGCGGAAAAUCUUAUAAAACCACCACAAUUCUGCUGGAUGGUAAGCGGGUCAAACUGCAGCUGUGGGACACCUCCGGCCAAGGUCGCUUCUGCACAAUCAUAAGGUCCUACUCGCGUGGGGCGCAAGGUGUACUGCUGGUGUAUGACAUAACGAAUCAGUGGUCCUUUGACGGUCUGGACAGGUGGUUGAAGGAGGUGGACGAGCACGCGCCCGGCGUACCGAAGGUCCUCGUCGGUAAUCGGCUGCAUUUGGCGUUCAAUCGUAAAGUUGGCGAACGCGACGCGCAGACGUACGCGGAAAAGCACAGCAUGGCUUUCUUCGAAGUCUCUCCGCUUUGUAAUUAUAAUAUUAUGGAGAGUUUUUGCGAACUAUCCAGGAUGGCGUUGCAGCGCAACGGAAUGGAACGACUAUGGCGUUCUAAUAAAGUAUUGCCGCUGCAUGAAUUAUGCUGCCGGGCGAUUGUGGCCCGCACGACAGUCUACAGUAUCGAGCAACUGCCGCUGCCGACAUCAGUAAAAUCACAUCUAAAGUCGUACGCGCUGACGCCGACGUGCACGCGCCUGCGAUACACGCACAGCCAGCGCAAGGCGCACAACAAGAAGAACAAGCUGACCAGCACGCCGACGUCGCCGGCCGACACGCGCAGCUGCGUGCCGCGCAACAGCUGCUCCGUCACAUGAUACGCACGAUGCUGGUGGCUGUGACAGCGGCAGCGACAGCGGCAGCAGCAGCAGCAGCGAGACGACACUCUCAAGUACCUCACACGAUUACGUAUGCAAGCAUGGAGACGUAAGGCAAACGAGCAUAUCUGGCAGUUCGAACCGUCCGUUCCAGUAUUUCGAGACUUCUCAUCCGGCAUUUGUACAUUGCACACGAACACAUUCAACACGCACGCGCGUUACACAGCCCACAGCCGCCACAGAUGAAUUAUUGCAGUUCAGAGACAAACGCAGAACGAGAAACCAACAAACAAAUGGAACUUAAAAGAAUGAAUAAGCAAUCUCAGUGAUUAAUGAUGAUAUUUUUAUAUGAAACAGAAGAAGAAUCAACGACAACUAUGUUAUGUUAAUUGAUUAUUUUAAUAUUGUAAUUGUAACGUAAUGAAGCGAGGAGGAGGCAGACGCGAAGAAUCAAUUAGCUAUUACGAUGAAAAAAAGUAUAUUGUAGUGCGUCGAAUGUGUGUAUAGUAUGUUUUCGAGUGGCGACAGCACAACAACACGCCUCCCACGCACAGCCGGGAGGCGGCAGACGAGACAACCGCGGCAUCUUAAUUUACAAAUUUUUUCGAUUUUAUUUGUUAAUUAGUGAUUAUUUACUCGAAAUUAUUUAUGUUUAUAUAUUGUUGUAAUUUAUAGACGAGUGCGAAUGGUGUGCGUGCGAGAUUGCGAGGUGGGGAAAAUGCGCUGUAUUAUUAUCUAUACCAGGAUUACAAAUUUCUUUUAGUUAACGAGAGACAAAAA